GGGGAACAGGAAGUUCCGCGCAAGCGCGCAUCAUUCUUCAGAAUAAAGGAUACGCCAGAAUUGUGCAGUCGAGACGACAACUUUAGUGUCCCUUUCUAAUGUAUUACUACUGAUUAAGUCUGAGGCCAGUAACAUCAACAGUGAGGACAAACCCAGCCUUCCUCUCUCCUUCCACACUGAGUUCAAACCUACAGUCACUGGGUCCUGAUUGUGACAGUAAAGCCCAGUUUGCACUGCAGGAUCUAGAGAUGGCAUCAGUGAAGCUGGAAGACUGCAGUCAAACACUGGAGCUGAAUGCCAACAUUAAAGAUGAAGAAGAGGAGGAGAAGAUUGGGACAUCUGUUUCUCAUGACUAUGUCCAAACCAAUAUUCAUUCACUGGGUCCUGAUUGUGGCAGUGAAGCCCAGUUUGCACUGCAGGAUCCAGAGAUGACAUCAGUGAAGCUGGAAGACUGCAGUCAAACACUGGAGCUGAAUGUCAUCAUUAAAGAUGAAGAAGAGGAGGAGGAGGAGGAGGAGGAGAAGAUUAGGGAAUCUGUUUCUCAUGGAAACCAUGGUGCCACGUUCUCUGCAUCUAGAGAGCAACAGCAGGAAGAUCAUAGCGCUAAGAGAUCUCAUCACUGCCCACAUUGUGAGGAGAUUUUCCCAUUUCUAUCAAAGCUGAAAAUACACCUAAAAAUACACACAGGAGAGAAUCUGUAUUCCUGUACUGACUGUGGCAAGGAUUUCACAACAUUAGAGGUUCUGAUCAUUCAUCAGAGAGUGCAUGAACGGAUACACACAGGAGAGAAGCCUGUGUCCUGCUCUGACUGUGGAAAGAGUUUCUCUCUACUGAGCAACUUAAAACGACAUGAACGCAUACAUACAGGAGAGAAGCCUUACUGCUGCUCUGACUGUGUCAAAUGCUUCACAACAUCAACUGAGCUAAAACGUCAUCAGAGAACACACACAGGAGAGAAGCCUUACUCCUGCUCUGACUGUGGAAAGAGUUUCUCUCAACUGAGCAACUUAAAAGCACAUGUACGUAUACAUACAGGAGAGAAUCCUUACUCCUGUUCUGACUGUGGGAAGAGGUUCUCUCUACUGAGCAACUUAAAAUCACAUGAACGUAUGCAUACAGGAGAGAAGCCUUACGUAUGCUCUGACUGUGUAAAAUGCUUCACAACAUCAACUGAGCUAAAUCGUCAUCAGAGAACACACACAGGAGAGAAGCCUUACUCCUGCUCUGACUGUGGAAAGAGGUUUUCUCGACUAAGCACCUUAAAAAGACACCAAGGUCAACAGAAAGGACCAUUGAUCUGACUGUGGAAAAUGUUUUAAAACAACAGCUGUGCUUAAAGGUCAUCAGAGAGCACACACAGGAGAGAAGUGUCGUGGAAAUGUCCUGUAUUACCAAAUCACGAGAGAGCAAACCACACGCAAGUCAGAGUUAUCAUAAAGUCCAUCUUUAAUUAUAUGAGCUUCACCAUAGCCCUGUGACUCUCAGAUCAAUUCAGUGUCUAUAAAUGAAUUCUCUGAGAGUGCUUACAUAUUGGCAACUGAGAUCCUUUAUAGCAAAGACACACAUAGCCAGACAGCAUUGGCUAUAAAUUAUCGUUCAGUUUGGUCUCCUAAACUAAGGUCUUAUCUUGUUCUUGCUCCCACUUAGAACCAAAAACAUUACCUCAUCCAAUGGCAUAUAUCAAAUACACCCCCUCCUGGACAAGAUCAGAAAAGACAGUGAGCCUCUUAGGUCAUAUACUAAAUCAAGAUAAGGGCAACCUCAGAGAGGACAUGUAAAUAGUUAGACACAUUCCCAUAAGAAGACAGGCCUGACCUCACCCCUCUCUGGGGCCCAAUGUGACUAAGCCCUGGCAGAGAAGGGAUAACUGCAAACAGUAUUAUCCAAAAGAAGACAUUCUAAUGACAAAUAUCUCACAUAAGCAUUAUUAUAUAAAUACAACAUUAUUUAUUUAUCAAUGUUACCUAACUAAUUCUGAUUCUGCUACUACAGAAGCCUUACAUCUGCUCUGACUGUGCGUCAAGUUUCUCUUUUCUGUGCCACUUAAAAUGACUUGAACGUGUACACACAGGAGGGAAGCCUUAUCACUGCAUUCAUUGACAGUGAGAAGAGAUUCUACAGAUUGGGCCAUUUAAAACGACACCAAUGUAUACAUAAAGGAGAGAAACCAUCAGUUCUCUCAGACCAGCUAAGAUUUGACACUCCACUUAAUUCUCAUCUCAUAAAAUAAUUGGCAACGUUGAAUUGGAUCAAAUGAAGAAAGCGUAGAACACUAUUGUAAUCCUAUAGUUUCUCACUAUGAGAGAACUGUGCAGAGGAGAGGGAGCGUUAUAGUAUGUAUAUUAUCCUCUCUUUACUUUACUGAUCAGUGUGCACCUUGUCAGUUUUGGUGUGUUUUGUUAGCUUCCACUGUAAAGAUAUUGAGUUGGCCUUGGAUUUGGCUUUAGGGUUGAAUAUCCUCUGUGAGGAGUCUCACAAUGGAGUUGUUGACUGGGUAGUACUGCUUCUCUCUGCAUUUUUCCGUGGGAAUGAGCUGGUAGACACAACAUGUACAGAGUGUACAAAACAUGAAGAGACGCCUGCUCUUUCCAUGACAUAGGUGAACCCAGCUGAACACUAUAAUCCUUAAUGAUGUGGUUUUUAUGAUGUAUUUAUUUUGGAUCCCCAUUAGCUUUCAGCAGAAAACAAGAGACUGCAGUUGGAGUUGGCUAAGAAAUGAAAAGACGACGCUGGAGAAUUUGAAAAACAUUGCCUGGCCUGAUGAAUCCCUGUUCCUGCUGUGUCAUGCUGAUGGGAGGACUAGGGUAUACAGGAAACCACGAGUACAUCCAUCAUGCCUCGUGUCAUCUUUGCAGGCUGGUGGUGAUGGUGUGGAGUUUGUAUUCAUGCCACACUCUGGGCCCCUUGAUAAAAGUGGAGCAACUUGGAAUACCACAGGAUUUCUAAACACCAUUGCCAAUCAGGUGCAUCCCUUCACUGCAGCAGUGUAUCCAUCUGCAAAUAGAUUUCUUCAGUAGGAUUAUGCCACAAGGCUGGUCCAGGAAUGGUUCCAAGAACAUGACCGUGAAUUCAGUUUACUGCAGUGGCCUGACGAGUCACCAGAUCUCAAUCCAAGUGUUCAUCUGUGACAGGAGAUGGAACAAGCUAUUCGGAGUAGAGAUCCGCUCCCAGCUAGACACAAUUGUGGGAAGCAUUGGGCCAGAAUCCCUGUGGAAUGCUCUCAACACCUUGGAUAGUCCAGACAAAUUGAGGCUAAUUCUGAGGACAAAGGGGGGGUGCAACUCAAUAUUAGGAAGGUUUUUUGUACACAAUGUAUAUCAGAUAAAGAUGGUGUGAUGAUCACUUUUAAGCAUUUGUUUGGGUUGAUUAUUUAAUAUUACUCAACUUUUGUUUAAACAGUAUGAAUCUACUUGUGUUUAUUCAAAUUGUCUUUUAAUACUCGAUUUAUUAUUUUAGUCAUUGAUGAUGAAUGUAUUUGAAUAACUGUAUAGAAGUUAAUUGAUCUGGCGGCAGGUAGCCCAGCGGUUAAGAGUGUUGGGCCAGUAACUGAAAGGUUGCUGGUUUGAAUCCCAAGCCGACUAGGUGAAAAGUCUGUCAUUGUGCCCUUGAGCAAGGCAAUUAAACCGUAUUUGUCCUGUAAGUUGCUCUGGAUAAGAGCAUCUGCUAAGUGACAAGAUUGUAAUGAAAAAUGUUUGUAGAUGAAUUUAUGUUCGGCAGGUUCAAACCCCCGAGCUGACAAAGUACAAAUCUGUUGUUCUGCCCCUGAACAGGCAGUUAACCCAGUCUUCCUAGGCCGUCAUUGAAAAUAAGAAUUUGUUCUUAACUGACUUGCCUGGUUAAAUAAAGGUAAAAAUAAAAUAAAAUGUUGGGCAACCACUUUUUUUUCUCUUAAAUGAAAUAAACUGUUUGAUGUGAAAUACUGUAUAUACAAUACACAACAUUACCACUGUGUUUACCCUGGCCAGAGGGACAGGACCAUAGUAAGCUAGACUAUGUAGCUGCUGCUGUUAGUAGCCUACAGUUUCCAUGUAAUACAGCAUGUCAGAUCACUAAUGAUUAGGUGUAUAGACUGCUACAUUUAUGCAAGAGGUUUUGCUUGUGUCUAUCGGGAGUGAUGUGUUGUCAUGCUUGCUAAAUAACUCCUGGAGGGAAGUGGAGAGUGUGCCCCGCCCGCCUUACAUGGUCAAGAGACUCAGAGAGCCUGCAGCAGCACCCUGAUGUGAAGAACAGCCCAUACAAAAAUGUACGAUUGUAGUACAAUAAAGAAGAUAUAGCCUGUUAUUUUCGUGGAAUGGUAGUGACCAAAAAAAUGUAUGUUUUUUAUUUUACUGGGCCUAGGAACAUAGAAGAAACUGCCAGAUGUGUCAUAAUAGCCUGGAAGUAAAGCUGCACUGGGAGACACAUUUGAAAUGGAAUACAUUGAAUACAUUCAGCAGGGUGGAAACAAUCACAGUAAAACAUGAUUUAAAUGUAUUGUUGGAAGGGCUGUGGUCACCAGUCAUGUAAUACAUUAAAUAUAUACAUCAGAUGGUAUUGGGGAACUAUUUCAUAGGGUUUUCAUGGGUACAUUAUUCACCCAUUUCAAUCUUAUACCAACCAAACAUAUGCUUGGUGUGACUGUUAUGGUCAGAACAGACCAUCUGAUAUGUCCUUAAAUAUUGUAAUAUGCAACUUUGAAUUAAAAUGUAAGAGGACCAGUGCUUCUACAGUGAAUCACA